AUGCCUCUGGUAAUAGGUCAUAGUCAGGCAAAGUAUUUGUCCGACUAUCUCAGUAAGAGUGAAUUCAGUGUAUUCGCCUAUCCGGGAUACAAGACUCAUGAGUUCGCGAAAGAAGAUGCCAUCCAAGAGGUGCUACCCUUCUUUUCCAGCGUAAUUAUUAUGACGGGGGCAAACGACAUCGGCAGGAAAAGUCCCGGCGACAUAGGUCGUGCGAUUGAAUCAUUGUGCCGUCACGUCCGGGACCUGUCACCGAGUGCCACAGUUUUUGUUUCGCACGUGUUGCCUCGGUGCGAGAAUCGGUUCGACGGGUCCCUCACGCGGGACUUCAUCUGUCGCUGGAACAGAGAUGCGGAGGCCGUCAAUCAGGAGAUAGAAGCGUUGUCAUGCUCCUGGUUACAGCCAGUGCGACAUCCGCGAUUUUAUGAUUUGCAUGGUCCAAACCGACGCCUCCUCAGCCGGGAUGGGCUUCACCUCAGUUUUGACGGCACCGAGGAGGUGUGCCGCAAUAUGUACGAUGCGGUCUACAGCCCCAGAGCUUCGGAAGCCACACCGUCAUCUCCUGAACCGCACUGCAUAAACACCGCACUACUGUACAGUGAAGUAUUAAUGCUUACAACAUCUCGGCCUACAUCCACCACAAACAAGCCACCUAUAUUCACCACCACCAAGCAGCCAACACCCACAACCACCAAGCAGCCAACAUCCACUUCAUCCACCACCACCAAGCAGCCAACACCCACAACCACCAAGCAGCCAACAUCCACUUCAUCCACCACCACCAAGCAGCCAACACCCACCACCACCAAGCAGACAACACCCACUCCAUCCAUCACAAUCAAACGAUUGGAAAUCUGA